CCGUCCGACCCGACUCCGAUCAUACAAUGGGACGGGUGUCAGAGAGGGGAAUGGUAUCGGACACUGAACGCAGGCGUUCACACCUCCUUCGAUACGCGUCCCGUCCUACUCCCACCCUUCUCCGAUUUUGCUUCCGAUCACGCACCGACACUGCAGUCUAUUCGUUGACUGUAAGACGGGUUGUUGUAGGACGCGUUUCCAGUGGUUUUUUUUUGUUUUUGUGCGUGUUGCACUUCGAUUUUUCUCAAAAUGAGCACUAUAAUAGCAGAGAAGCUAAUAGAGGAAGUACGGAAGCGUCCAGUAUUGUACGACCAGUCCAAUGAGCUGUACCGAAACGUCGAACAUAAAGACCAGGUCUGGAAAAGAGUCGCAAAGGAAUUGAAUAUUGAAGGUCAAGAUGAAGAAUGCAAAAAAAAAUGGAAUGGUAUUCGAGACAGUUUUCGCAGAGCUCGACAAAAGAAGAAGACAAAAUGUGGUCAGCUGACUACAUCAGCCACCAAGUACAUUUAUGAGGCUCUCCUUGAAUUCUUAAUCCCUCAUUUGGCCGAACGGAAAACUUUAUGUAACGCCCCAGAUGAAGAUGGCGAUUCUCCUGAAACCGUUGAUGAGUCACAACAGCCGAACUUCCAACCACUAGAUAGUGGCUGCGCUGAUGAACCUGAGACCCAAGAACCCUCGCCAUCACCGCCACCCACAAUUCCAGUCAGUCAAGUUGCAAUUGUGAAGAAGUUUUCACAUGCAGCUCGUAAAAGGAAGCUCUCAGAUACUGAAGUAAAAUCUCAAGAGUCUGCAUCAUCUCAGCUGAUGGCAUACAUAUUGGCUGAGAAAGAAGCCGAGAAAACAAGUCAACCAUCUGAAAAACAUCCUGUUGAUGCUUUUUUAGCGGGAAUCGCCCCAUCUCUCAAAUCUCUCGAUCCCUUCCUCCUAAUUGCUGCAAAAGGAAAGAUUUUCAAUAUAGUGCAAGAGUAUGAACUGGAGCAGCUUCGUGUCCAUAGAGAACGAGCAACCACUUUGGCCUAUAUGUCAUUAGUAUCAUCAGGCGAGGCAUCCUCCGUCGCAACGCCUUUGAACGUAGAAGUAAGUGGAUCGUGUACAGAAGGGCAUUUUAAUUUUUCAACCCAGGUUCCCACUGCUGUCAACCAACCAGCCAUCAAUCCAGAAGAAUAAAUAGAAAUCCUUUAUUAUCAAAACUUUUUUAAUAAAAAACAUCAAUAAUAUUUCUUCGUUUGAAUAGACUUUAUAACUUUCAAGACAAAAAUUAUAUCCUUUCAUUUUUUCCCUUUCUUUUUACUGUACCUACUUGCAAUAACCACUUCCAUUUUGAAAGUACAAAGGGCAUAAAGCACCUAUCUUAUAUCAAAAAAAUUGCUAAAAGGUGUGUAGCACUGAUUUCUUCGCUGAAGUAGGUGUCUUGGGUGAACGUCGAUUACGAGAUUCGAAAAUAUGUAUGAACAAGUAUGUCCCUGCCUUAACGGUGAUUCACUUGUUUCUACGCAACAUGCCUUCCGCGUUCGCUUAUAAAUUUCUCCUCUCAGACUCGUUUCUGGCCGAAAUUCGAUUCUGUCAUGGGUUUACUCAUUUCAGGAGUUUGGAGGUGUUGCUAACCUCAGAAAUGGACAUCAACGGAUCACCAAAACUGCGAAAGAAACGUCGAAAGAGCGAGGCAGUCAAUUCUGCGUUCUUCCUAGCGUUCGGCUCGC